GCUUAUUACCGCCGUGCCGUCGCAAAUACCGCUAUUCUGAGACACGCCGACGCCAUUCACGACUGGAAGAUUGUUGUUAAGAAGCAACCCUCGGACAAGGUCGCCCGCGCUCAGCACGAUGCUUGUCAGAAAGUCAUCAAGCGUGACGCCUUCCUCAAGGCCAUCGAGGCUCCCGACGCUCCCUCAGCCGCCGAGGGCCUGGAUCUGGCCAACAUGGCUAUUCCCUCAGACUACGACGGUGUGAAGUUGGGAGACAAGAUGACACAAGAGUUUGUUGACGACAUCAUCGAGCGUUUCAAGGAAGGCAAGAAGCUUCCCCUCAAAUACGUCUACCAGAUCAUCCUGGCCGUCAAGGACAUUUGCUACAACGAACCCACCAUGGUCGAGACGCAUGUUGACCAGGGCAAGAAGAUCACUGUUUGCGGUGACACACACGGCCAAUACUUCGACCUGAUGGAGAUCUUCAGAAUCAACGGUCGCCCUUCGGCCGACCACGCCUACCUCUUCAACGGAGACUUUGUCGACAGGGGCAGUUGGUCAUGUGAAAUCGCUCUCCUGCUGUACGCAUACAAGUGGCUCCACCCCACUUCCAUGUUCUUGAACCGUGGCAACCACGAGACGGACGAUAUGAACAGAAUGUACGGAUUCGAGGGCGAGUGCAAGGCCAAGUACAACGAUCGCACCUUCAAGCUCUUCUCGGAAUCUUUCAGCGCACUGCCCCUGGCCACUUUGAUCGGCGACAAGUACUUUGUUCUUCACGGCGGUCUCUUCUCGGACGACAACAUUACGCUCGACGACGUGAGAAAGCUCAACAGACAUAACCAGAAGCAGCCCGGACAGAGUGGAUUGAUGAUGGAGAUGCUGUGGACCGAUCCUCAGACAGCACCAGGAAGAGGACCCAGCAAGCGCGGUGUCGGACUUCAAUUCGGCCCCGAUGUCACGAAACGAUUCUGCGAGAAGAACGGACUGGAAGCCAUCAUUCGAAGCCACGAGGUGAGGAUGGAGGGCUACGAGGAAGAACACGACAGCAAGUGUAUCACCAUCUUCUCAGCACCCAACUACUGUGACUCGACUGGCAACAAAGGAGCAUUCAUCAACAUCGAAGACGACUAUAAGCUCAAGUUCCAGAAGUUUGAUGCAGUCAAGCACCCGGACAUCAAGCCAAUGGCAUAUGCCAGCUCGCCUAUGAUGGGAAUGAUGUAAAGAGAUGACGGAUAUACCAAAUGAUGAGUUCUCUUUGGCGUUUGGCGCAUGUCGAUAAUGCAAGAGUCAUGGCAUGCAGCAUUUAGCGGGAAGGUCAUGGCGGGAGGGAUUUGUUCAAGGAUGAUAUGCAGGGAUUGGAUGUAGGAUUACGAGGACAUGUUGAUACAGUAAAAGAGGAAUAGUUAGAGUGUAAACGAGGACUCGUAUUCAGCUCCCAUCUCAGACGCUUUCACAUGCUUACGACGACAAUUGAUGGCUGAGUCUUGGCGGCAGUCGCGGCGGCGGAGGGGGCAUUUACCCCCGAGAUGGA